GGUAUAUAGAGCCUGGCCAACUCCGCUUCAAACAAACUAAAAGUUGGGCUUGAAGGCUUCAAAACGGUCCACGGAGUAAUAGAAGAACUUACCGUUCUCAAGUCUCUCUCGCCUGCCGCACGUCGCUCCCCUGCUCCCGGGUCCGGGUCCGACGUUCUGAUACCUGCGAUCCCCCGACCUCAGACUUCGCGCCCACCCCACCCCAUCGCCCGACGACAAAAUCCACCUUGCCCACGACGACCGACUCGAUCGAGUUAGGAUAUCCAUCGCAUCAAUACACGAGGCGCGCCUUUGGGCUCCGUCUGGUCGGUGGCUCUGGCUGCUCCCAGGUCGCCGUUGCGCCAGUCCGGCCAUCGCAUAGAGCGAGACGGAAAUUCUCAAUACUUCUCGCGGGCACCCUUGAUGAGGUUCUCGCCAUGCCUGACAUACCUCGGGGCGAUGUCGCCUCGUUGCUUAAGAUAGUGCAGAGUAAUACUCUGCUGAACCGCCAGCUGUCCACCAUCUGUCAACUGAACGGGCUGACCUCCAGCGGGGUCAAAGCCAACCUUCAGGGACGCAUCGUCAAUCUGAUACAAGAAACCGUCAACGCCCGAGACCUCACCCGCUUCCGCCAGAUUGAGCAGAGCAUCAAGACCAUCCGAGCCAACGGCACUGCAUCGCCCGCAAAGUCCGCACAAGCCUACACCCAGACUAUGCCUUCACAUUCCCACAGACAACAAGCGCCCUAUUACGGCCUGCCCAGCCCAGGGAUCCAUGGCAGCAGCGCUAAUGGCUAUCGUGGCACCCCCUCACAGCUGAGUCUACAAUUUAAGCCGAGUCCCUUCUACGAAGUUUUGCAGCCCUCUAUCGGACCGGUUCUUGUCUGCGAACCCAUGCAGCAGCAUCGGAACGUGGUGACCAUCAGGAUAAGGGCCAGCGAGCACCCUUUGCUUCAGCAAGCUUCCCUUGAUACGUCUUUACGAGCCAUGGUCUUCUGUGCUGGGAGCAAGGACGGCGUCCAGGAGAUUGCCUUUCCUCACCAGUCCGAGAUUAAGGUCAACGGCGGCGAAAUCAAAGCGAACCUGCGAGGUUUAAAGAACAAGCCUGGAUCGACGAGACCCGUGGACAUCACAAAUGCAUUGAGGCCACGGCCUACUAACUACGACAACACCGUCGAACUCAUUUAUGCAUUAACCAAACAGCCCUUCUAUGUUGCGGUCUACUUUUGCAAAAUAACAUCCGUACAGGAUUUGGUGACAAGGAUCAAAUCGGGCAAGAGAAUCCCCAAAGCCUCUGUCAUCCAGGAGAUCACGAAUAAGGCAGCAGACGCCGACAUCGUCACAACAUCCCAGGUGCUGUCGCUGAAAUGUCCUUUAUCCUAUAUGCGGCUGGAAUUGCCUUGCCGCUCCCUCAUCUGCAGCCACAUCCAAUGUUUCGAUGCUACAUCAUACCUCCAACUGCAAGAGCAGGGUCCGCAGUGGCUAUGUCCCAUCUGCAACAAGAGUGCGACCUUUGAGACAUUGGCAGUCGACGAGUACGUCAAGGAGAUUUUGACGAACACCUCGUCAGACUUGGAUCAGGUGACGAUCGAGCCAGACGCGAAAUGGCGAGUACCGACAGCACAGAACGGAUCAGCAGGCUCCAGGAGUAGAAGCAACAGAUUUGAAGACGACGACGACGACGACGACGACGACGAUCUAGAAAUAUCCGAGGUCAACGUCGUUGGAGGCCGUAAGAUGGAGACGCCGAGUCGGUCGCUGUAUGGCAGCGCGACGCCCACGACGCAGGGGGGGUCAAGUUUACCCCGGGGGUUAGGUUCUACCAGCGGCAAGAGACCAGCGCAGGUUGUCGUUGAUUUGACUCUCGACUCGGACGACGAGGACGGGCCACCACCUACCAAGAAGCAUCACACGGCACCAUCAACGCAUUCCAUGCAUCCACGCUAUUACUAAGGCAGGUAGCUUCGUGUUGUCGAAAUUGUGGUAAGGGCUCGGGUGAGGUUGCUGGUGGCUACCCAAGCGAGUUUACACGGUACUUUUGAGCUAUUGCCGUCUCGGCGAUUUUUCUCCCAUUGUUCUUUUGAGACGGAGAGAUUGGCUAGGGAUGGACGGGAAGUGCAUAGGCGUUGUGGACAGAGAUGUAUGUAUCACCAACUCGUCAGGGUUCUCCAGAGAGAUUCAGCGCGGGAGUUGUGGCUUUGGUUAUUUCUGGCUUGGAGAAUGAGGGCGCUGUUGGCUUUAGUGCAAAGGAUUGCAAGUCCCCAUCCCAUAUCUACAGGCAUUGCAGCGAUCCUGUCGCUUUGCGUAUUCGGAGGAAUUCAAAAUGCAUAUGAACUGAC